AUGGAAUUAUCAGCUGAGGUGAUGGAAGCCAUGACUCGACUCAUGACUCAACAAAUCAACGAGGCUAAUCAAUCCCUUGCUACCACGCUGUCACAACAAUUCCAAGAACAAGUAGAGUCAUUACAAACGCAAUUGGAGCAGAAGCUGAAAGUGAUUGUACCUGAAGAUCACUCCACGGAUAGUGACGUUUCUCAUACACCUACACUAUCAGAAGCUAGGUGUAUCCUUAAAGGAAAAGACCUUGCGGGUACGACGUCCAAACCGGAGACUAAACGUCAGCAUAACCCUCAUGCUGGAACUCGUACACGCGUUGGUGGGAGGGAAACCAUCUUUAACCGCCAUAGGUCUCCCUCACUCCCUCACCGUGAAGAAAUACGGACGCAGCAACCUAGAGCUCCUCGACAACGCUCUAGAGAGACUAUGCUUGCUGGUCAUCAAGUUCACUUGCACCAUUACUCGGAGGAGGAUGAAGGCAAUGAUGUUUCUGAUCACAACAGGGGUACCAUUAGAAGAGAAAGGGGACGCGAGUUUGAUCCAGCUCGCCGACAAAUCAAUCACCUCAAGAUUAAGUAUCAUGCGUUCCACGGCUCCAAUGACCCUGAAACCUAUCUUGACUGGGAAAGAAAGAUGGAGUCAAAUUUUCUGGUUCAAGGAACUUACGAGUGCAACAAGGUGAAGAUCGCGGUUUCAGAGUUCCAUGACUACGCGUUGCUAUGGUGGGAACAACUAGGACUUAACCGGAACCGUCUCAGGGAACUUCCCAUCACCACUUGGGAACAACUCGUUACGCACAUGAGGAGGAAGUUCGUACCAGCUCAUUAUCAGCGUGAAGUUCUCAGCAAGCUUAGGCGUCUUAUGCAGGGGACUAAAUCCGUUCGAGAUUACUACCAGGAGCUAGAAACCCUUCUCAUACGAGCGGACUUGCGAGAGGGAGAUGAAAUGGUCAUGUCUCGCUUUCUAGGAGGUCUUAACCGAGAAAUCCAAGACAAAGUGGAGAUCCAGAGCUAUUUGGACAUACAAGACAUGGUACAUAAGGCAGAGUUGAUUGAAUCUCAAAUCAAGAGGCGUCAGGUCAGACCUAGUUUCACGCCAAGUGUGGCUAAACCCAAGGACAAUAAACCCACCUCCACCACCGUCACCGAAGUAGUGAAGUCGGAAUCGAAACCAAAAGUCAGCAACUCCCUCAGUAACACACGGUGCUUUAAAUGCCAAGGUAUGGGGCAUUACUCUCGUGAUUGUCCCAACAGGAAGCUGUACUUACUACAAGAAGGAGGAGAGAUCGUUCCCCAAGAGGAAGAAGACCAUGUAACCGACCAAGAAGAAGAAGAAGAGGCAGCAGCCGUGGGAGAGAUGUUAGUUACCAGGCGUACUUUAAGUGUACAAAAUCAGCUUGAAGAUAACUGCCAACGAGAAAACCUCUUUCAUACUCGUUGUUUCGUCAAAGGUAAAGUUUGUAGCCUUAUCAUCGACGGUGGAAGUUGUACCAAUGCCGCGAGUGAGAUUAUGGUCCAGAAGCUGCAACUUGAAACCAUACCCCAUCCUAGACCGUAUAAGCUACAAUGGUUGAAUGAGAGUGGAGCUUUAACCGUUUCUCGCCAAGUCAAGAUUUCAUUAACCAUCGGCAAGUAUGAGGAUGAAGUGUUAUGCGACGUACUACCUAUGGGAUCAAGCCAUGUGUUGUUGGGACGGCCGUGGCAAUCAGAACGCAAGGUUAUUCAUGACGGCUACACCAACAAACAUUCAUUUGAAUACAAGGGGCGCAGGGUCACUUUACUUCCACUAACGCCUAGCGAGAUAUAUCAAGAUCAACUCCAUCUCAAAAAUGAUCAGGCAAGGGAUAAGACAGGCGCCAACAAUCUAUACAUCAACCAUAGUGAGGUUUCUAAACUCUUAAAUUCUGAUGCGACUAUAUUGAUGUUUGUAUACAAGGAAUCCCUUGUUAGUACUAACCCUUCACAGGAGCUUCCUAGUGGUAUGACUAAGAUUUUGCAGGACUAUAGUGAUGUAUUCCCAGAGGACACUCCACAAGGAUUACCACCCAUACACGGAAUAGAACAUCAGAUCGACUUCGUACCAGGGGCUACCUUACCGAACCGACCUGCUUAUCGAACUAACCCGGUGGAAACAAAGGAGCUACAAAAACAAGUCGAGGAAUUGAUGAGUAAGGGUCAUAUCCGUGAGAGUAUGAGCCCAUGUGCGGUCCCAGUCCUAUUAGUCCCAAAGAAAGAUGGCUCUUGGAGGAUGUGUGUGGACUGUCGUGCCAUCAAUAAUAUAACCAUCAAGUAUAGGCACCCGAUUCCGAGACUAGACGACAUGUUAGACGAGUUAUGCGGCUCAACUAUCUUUUCCAAGAUAGACUUGAAGAGUGGUUACCAUCAGAUCCGUAUGAAGGAAGGAGACGAGUGGAAAACUGCAUUCAAGACCAAGCAAGGGCUAUACGAGUGGUUAGUCAUGCCAUUCGGUCUUACCAACGCCCCAAGCACAUUCAUGAGACUAAUGAACCACAUGUUGAGGCAAUACAUCGGAGUCUUUGUGGUUGUUUAUUUCGAUGAUAUACUUGUCUACAGUAAAGGUUUGGAAGAACAUCUUGAUCAUGUCCGAUUGGUUCUUGAUGUUCUUCGCUCUCAAUCUCUUUUCGCUAAUAUAUCUAAGUGUUCCUUCUGCACUAAUGAGGUAGUUUUCCUAGGCUUUGUAGUAAGUGCAGAUGGUGUGAGGGUAGAUGAAGAGAAGAUAAGGGCAAUCAAAGAAUGGCCGAUCCCUCAGACGGUAGGAGAGGUCUGA